AUGUCGUCCACCAACCGGCGUGACAAAACGGCCGCCCUCCCUGCCGAGCAAGCCAACAGCGGCAGCAUACCUACUGUGCAGCCUGAGUCCGUGAUGUCGUCCGAACAGGACGUCGUCGAGCCCAAAGGUCCUGGAAAUGCCGUGGCUCACUCCUUUGGCACCUACACUGACGUGAUGUCACCCGAGAUGAGCCACCUAGAAGUCGUUUCCGUCCCCAGCUCGCUCGCUUCCUCUUCCACUCAGCGCGCGCCUUCGACCUUCUCAGACAACGCCCGCGUUGAUGCCAACAUCGCCCGUGAUUCGCUUUUGACCACCUCGGCCAUCCGUACAUCAACGACAUCAUCCAGAGAGGCUGCCACUGCUGCACACAGUGCCCAUUAUCCGAUUGCCUCCUCAUCUGAUGCUCAAGCAGCCGAGCCAUCGGCUGCUGAUGGUUAUGAGGUUGCCAUUGCACGGAUCCAUGGCGAGGAUACAAUCGAUCAGCAGGAGCCUAAUGGUCUAGACAACACCUCGGCCGUUGUGUCUCGGAAGCGCUCCAAAGCUCCAGCUGAUGAACCUCGUAAGCGCUCGAAGCACUUGGUAUCGGCGCAUGACGAGCCGGCGCAGGAUACUGGAGAAGGUGGCGGUUUGGAGGGAAAGGCGAUGGCUGAUAACGAUGUAGUUGGGGAGGAGCAAGAAGAACAAGCGGACCAAGUCUUGCCUUACCGCUCGUUCAAGCCGAUCAAGUUGCCAAAGCGCUCGAAUCAAGAUGCAUCCAAGCUCUAUGAUAGGCAGCCUAAAGCAGAAGCCCCCUCGACGUGGUACGGCACGAUGUCUUAUGAGGACUCAAUCAUCACUUUCUUGUGCGACGAGGAGGGCUUGAGCUACCAGGACACCGUGAAGCGUUUCAAGAAGGUGUUCCCAAAUGGGCUCAGCGUAGAAAUGAUUCGCAAGCGUCAUAUCGCUGCUCUCGACAAACAGCUUCAGGAAUACGGCCUCAAAGAUCCAGAGGACGUCCCUGUCGCGACGGAAGCUGAGGAGCGUAGAGGUAAGAAGCGCGGGGCGAAGAAGGAGAAGGCAUCCUCUAACACCAACGCGAACAACAACCAAAUCAACCAAGCUGUUCAAGGCAAAGGCCAGGCUUCGAGUGCCCCCACCACGGCCGAAACCGCCCAGGGUACGAUUGAGGCCGCUCAAGGACCCGCUCGACUCAGCCUCGAUGGUGCCCAGCCGCGUUUUGUCCGCGACGCUCCCUUCAGGCAGCUAGAGAUGACGGCGAUCGUUGUGUGUAGAGACCUCUUCGGGAUGGAAUUUCCAGAAAUUCGCGACUUGCUGAACAUUAGGUUCAGGUGGUCCCUCAGUCCGAGCAAGAUCAUUCAGUACUACCAUUUCGCGCGUCCGGCAGCUUACGGCAGCCUGGAAUUUGGCUACCGUAAUAUCGAGGACUUCCCUGAACAAGGUGAGCUGGAUGAGAAGAAGCGUAUUGAGGCGGUCGCUAAUAUCCUCGUGGGGCUCUCUCGGGGAGGUGCUAUGGGUGAGCAGCAGGUCGUCAAGAACCCGCAGACCAACAGCAAGGCCGGCGACGGUCAGGAGGCAACGGGCCCCGGUAAUGUCGACAGUGCUAACUCCAACGCUACACAAACGUAUCACGAGCGCGAGGUCGAUGUGGGCAAGGCUCUGUUGCAGUUGCGUGCCCAGCCAGUCGAGAAGGAUAUGACGGCAAAGUCCCGAGAGGCGACCAUUGCCAGGCAUCAUGACUAUGACAACAAGGAUCCGACCGGUACACGUGACCUGUCCGCUUAG